GCCUCUCCUCUCCAUGUCAGAAAAUACCACAGCCAAUCGUGUAGCGGGAGGCGUUAUCCGUUCUGAACGAAUGAAUGUGCUCUAAUUCGCGCAUGGUUUGCUGGCGAAUGUAGAAUUUGCUAACGUGAAUAACCUUGGUGUGUUUUUUGCAUUAGCUGGCCAGUCAGCUAGCUAGCUACUUACAAAAAUGCAGGCGGCUAUGGAGAUCACGGCUCGGUUCUGCCACAAAGAAAUGGAAGAGUAUGGAGCCUGUGUAUCCUCUAACCCAUCAACAUGGCAGGAGAAGUGCCAUGAACUUAAACUAAAAGUGGCACAUUGUACAUCCUCACACCCGGUGAUUCAGAAGAUCCGAACAGACUGUGCUGGAGAGUUCAUGCGGUUUGAACGUUGCUUGCGAGAGAACCAGACAGCCGCCCAGGCCUGUUCACCAGAGGUGGCACGCUUUGCAGCCUGCGCCGAGACAGUUGACAUUAGUGCACUAGCAACUGAAGCACCUCAACCAUCAUAAGAGCUGCUAGCGCUGCCUUCAAAAUGACCUCAAGGGUGUCCCCCAAAAACUGUGUGUCUGUAUGUUCAACACCUCUGUUCUACGAUGACAUCCAUUGCAUUCAUUCAGACCAAAACCAUUGUUUUGCACAACCACAUUUACACUCACUACAUGGAGCCAUUCAUUUGUUUAUUUUAGAUCUAUUCUGUAAUUAUUUAUAUGAUAACAUAAUGUUCCAUGUGUCAGACCUUUUAAUAAAUCUUUUUAUACAUUAAA